GGCGGCGGUGAGAACGUAGGCAUGAAGCGCCGUCCCUCCUUUCCUGACGUCAUUUCUCCGACGCGCUGACUGAGUUCGCUUUUGCCGGCUGCAGGGAGGAGGAUGGAGCCGGUGGCCGGAGAUGGGGAAGGCGAAGCGGGGGCAACUGGGACUAGCAAAUGUUGAACUUCAAAAGCUGUGCGUUGUGCGCUGGCAAGUCGUUUGCAACUGCGGAGGAGGAUGGAGGGUUUCCAAGAAAGCAUUUCUUGGACUUGCCCUGGGAAGAUGUCCUCUUCCCACACAUUCUCUCAUAUCUCCCACUGAAGCAGCUCUUGAUCCUUCAAAGGGUCAGCAAGGCAUUCCAGUCUUUAAUUCAGCUUUACCUUACCAACAUGCGAUGUUUUGAUUCUAGCCAGGUUGGACCCCAUAUUCCAAAAGCGGCAUUCAGCGCUCUCCUGAAAGACAAUGAGGUACUGCAACGACUUUUCCUACAGAACUGCUCUGAUUGGUUAUCUGACAAGGAGCUCCUUCCUGUUAUUGGCCAAAACCACCAGCUGCUGCAAAUAGACCUGAAUGGCUGCGUACAAUUGAGUCGGCAUGCUCUGGUGGCCAUUUCCCUGAGCUGCCCCAAUUUACACCAGCUCUCCCUUGCCCACUGUGAGUGGGUGGAUAGUCUUUCUCUGCGGAGCCUGGCAGACCACUGCAAGGAACUUGAAUCCCUGGACCUUACUGCUUGCCGGCAGCUGAAAGAUGAAGCUAUCUGCUACCUUGCACAGAGGUGCCACAGACUGAAAUCCCUCUCAUUGGCUGUCAAUGCAAAUGUUGGUGACACCGCUGUAGAGGAGGUUGCCAAAGCCUGUCCUGAACUGGAGCAUCUGGACCUCACAGGCUGCCUACGGGUCAAGAACAACUCCAUUAGAACCGUGGCAGAGUACUGUCCUAAGUUGCGCACUUUGAAGGUGAAGCACUGUCACGAUGUGGUGGAAUCCAGCCUAAGCAUCUUGCGCAAUCGUGGUGUGGAACUCGAUGUGGAACCUCCGCUGCUGCGUGCCCUGGUCCUGUUGCAGGAUGUUGUAGGCUUUGCUCCAUUUAUCAAUCUCCAGAUCUGAAGAAAGGAGGACACUUCAGUGCUUCCUGAAGACUGCCUGUGGCUACUGCUACUAGAUACUGCUACUGAGAAGUUCAAAAGACAAAGGGAUUUCAGUUCCAUCACUGCAAGUUGGCCUCAUCUGAUCUAUGUAUAGCCCUUUUGGGAAACGGUGUGUGUUGGAAAACCAGCCUAUUUGCAUUAAGAUGGACAGUAUAUUACUCAAAGCUGCACACCAUCCUGGUUGACUGGUACACAGUAUGCAUGAUUAAGGGUAUUUGAGAAGUGAUAUGGCCACAAACAAUUGCAUUGGUGCUGAGGUUCUUUUACUCACUUGCAUGUCAUAAAGAUUUCCACAGAUAAGGGAAAAUCACUUGGGGAAAACUAGGGGAAUCUAAUCAGAGGCACAGUCCAGUGGAGGGCAGAGGUGAUAUGUGGCAAUUUUUGCACGGCUUAUCUCCUUUGAUUUGAGUAAUGGAGUUGCCCUCCUGAAUGCUCCUGGAGAGCAGAGUUACAGAAAUCCUGUCUAUAGGUUUGUAGUUGCCUAUUUUGCCUUUAAAGGCAGUAGGAUGCCAGAGCAUUGAGCAAAGUUGCACCUCAAGUGUUCUGCUUCUAAAGGUAAUGAUUGCACCCUUUUGUGUCAGUUUGUCGGCUUGUUUGACAUAUGCCCUUUCCCACAGUUACAGGUGUGGAUGGAGUACAUGGAUGAUGUUUAUAGGGCCAUCCCCAUUCAUAGUGUAAUAUGUAAAUCAAUUGAAAAAUAAUAUUUUAAAAGAAAGCACAGUUUUUUUUCUGAAUUGUACAAAAAGGUUUUCUGCCAAGUUAACCUGAAUACAUUAUAGCCAUAUUUUAAAAGAUUUGUCAUAAAACAGGACAAACAACUAGUAUCUUUAACCUCUGUAAGAAAAAAGGACAGAGAGUCCCAAGGAAUAAGAGGAAUAGCAGCAUCUCCUGUAGUUGCUGUAUGUCCUGCUACUGUACUUAGAAGGUCAGUUCUGAAGAAGGUAUGCACAGUCUUCUGCCUUGCAGAUGAGCAGGCAGGAACUGUAUUAGCACCUGGCCCCUGAUUAGGGAAACAAAUGCUAGAUUGAAUUCCCUGGAAGAAGGUGUGAGAUGGCCUUGAGUAAGGCCAUCUUACACUUGUUGGCUGGAAACUGUUGAGUGAUCUCUCAAUCUGUUUGCCCUAUUUUUGUAUUCAUAUCCAUUCCCCAUUUUGUAUUCCCUGUGCAGUUAUUAAUGUGCUGUUUCAACUUUUUGGUAGCCUAGGGUGAAAACACACUAAGAAAAAGCUAAGAUUCUUUUCAAUCUGAAUGGACUGAAUUUCUCUUACAGCCCUUUGUUGAUUGCAUAGUUUAAAAUGUUCAUUGCAGUAGUUCCCAUGAUUGCUGCAAGAAAUCAGCACACAGAGCAUCCUUCCACACUAAUGGAUGGUUCUAUUUCUGCAUAAUUCACUGGAAGCCACAAAGACUGAGGACUUGACCUCUGACUAGGUCUAAGUAGCUCUGCUGCAGUGGCUGUGGCUAAAUCAUUUAAUUACUUGCAAGGUGGUAUGGCAGAUAGUCGCUGCUCUUCCUUUAUCUCAUUAGGAGCAUAUUCAGGAUGGCAUAUAAAGUGAACCAUUGUCUCCUGUUCUAAUGUGUGGGUGGGUGUAGGGUAUGUACAUUGGUGAUGAAACAUUUGGCAAAUAUCAGACUGCAUCUGCAAGUCUAACUCCAAAAACAUUGCUGUAGCUCAGUGUCUGGAGAAAGAAACACCUCUGGUUCUUUUGUGCUGUUUGGUAGUGACUACAACAACUUAAUGGCCAAAAUCAUUGCAUAGCAUAGUAAAUUGCACUAGAGUAGGCCCACUGAAUCAGUGGGGAUUUAGUGAGUUAAUGCCAUAACUUCCAUUGAUUCAAAUGAGUCUUCUCUAACUGAAAUAUGCUCACAGUUAGAAUAGGCCAAUUUGAAUUGAUGGAACUUACAGAAAAGUUAAUUUACCAAAUCCCCAUUGAUUCAACUCAACCCUUCCUCCAUCUUUUGAAAGUGCUUGUGUCUGAAAGUUGCAUUGUUAGAGUUGUAUCAUGGAAUCAUUAGAAAGCAACGUGGUUGUUACUAUGAGUAUAUGAGCCACCAGGGAUUCUCCUGUGAAAUUUGCAUGUCUGGAGAGUUUUAACAUGUCACUGAUGAACCUUGACACUUUUAAGGUACUCUCACUGAGAUCUAUAGACAACCUUUGUAAACUCCUGUAAGAAGAAUAAAAAAUUCUGAUGAAACUGG